AUGAAUAGAAUUCGUCGACAAUCAGAGCCAAUUUUGCCCUUCGAAAAUCGAAAGAAGGCGAAUUCAGUCAACAUAGAUCUUUCUCCCUUAGUUCCCGAGAGUCCAAAAAAGGACAAAAAAGGCCGGCGUUUUUCCGUAAAAGAACUUGUAGGAAUCCAGGAUGCUCUGCCUGAAGUUGAUGUGAGAAAGUUCAAAGUCGUUAUGAUCGGCUCGGCAGGCGCUGGCAAAACAUCUUUCAUCAGAAGAGUAACGUCAGGAGAUUUUGAUACCAUCGCUUCAAGUACAAUCGGAGUCGAUUAUUCUGUUUUGGAGCUUGAAACCGAAGAGUUUGCGUACAAGAUGCAUUUGCAACUUUGGGAUACUGCCGGUCAAGAAAGAUUUCAUGCGAUAACGAAGCAAUAUUUUCGAAAUGCCGAUGGAGUGAUGAUUUUUUACGACUGCACGGAGCGUUCUAGCUUUGAGGAAGCUACUCGCUGGGCUGAUCUUGUCUCUGAGAGCCGUGGGGAUUCCAUUGCUGUCGUGAUUGUCUGCAACAAAACCGACAUUCCGCAAGUAAUUCCCGAUGAAGAAGGAAUCUUACUGGCAGAUAGAUUUAACGCUACCUUUUCAAAGCACUCUUCAAAGUUGGGAAUCGGAACUGAAGGACUCUUGAAAGGGCUGGCAAGGAAACUGGGCCAGCUGACUCCUAAAGGAGAAAUGACGACGAUAGAUUUAGAGCUGCCUGAACCUAAAAGUAAACGGUGCUGCUAG